AUGAGGCAGGAAGAUCAAGUGUCGUUUGUCAUAGACGAUGGCGAAGAAAUUUUAGACGCUGGUUCGUUAACCGACGAGUCGUCGUCGUCGUCGUCGUCGUCUUCUUCUUCUGCUUCAAAGCCUGAUCACUAUGAUGCAUUCACACGAAAUGGAAUGAUUAAGAUCGGAGAAGAAAGCAACGAAUACAGAACGAUAAAGACUCAGUUUCUUGCAGGAUUGGGCGAGCUUUCUAAGGACACAAGUGUUAUGGCUAUACAUAAGAAUAUCGGCUCUAAUAAUUUGAAUAUGGAAGCUCGGUUCAAAGCUUUUAAGGGCUGUGUAGAUGCAGUUCGUGAACGCCGUGGAGAUACAAAUAGUAAGAAUGGUUGGUAUGGUGCUUCGAAACAGGAGAUUCGUCAUAUCAUUUCUUAUGGAAUUGGUCGUUGCAAUGGUCAAUCGCAUGGAAUUGGUGUUUAUUUGAGUACUUCAAAAUUUAUUCUUGAAGCGUUUCCGUCUACGAUUGAGGAUGAAAAUGGGUUAAGGCAUAUGUUGUUAUGUCGUGUGAUAAUGGGGAAAAUGGAAUUGAUUCCGCCGGGUUCGAAGCAGAUAUAUCCGAGUUCAAUGGAGUUUGAUUCGGGUGUUGACAAUCUUGAAGAGCCGAGUAGAUUGGUUGUGUGGAGUCCUUACAUGAAUUCUCAUAUCUUUCCUGUUUACAUUAUAAGUUUUAAGGCACCUUCAUUCAGUAUUUGUAUGUUAAGAAGUCAGAUUAAUGAAGUAAGAAACCGUGGACAGAAGUUGAGUUCUGAUGUUUUGUUUCCUAUACUGGUCAAGGUUUUUGGUCCGGCCAGGGCGGAUUUGAUUUUGAAAAGCCUUGGUGAGUAUCGAAAAGGUGAGGUUAACCAACACCAAAUGAUCCAAAGUUUGAAGCAGAUCAUUGGGAAUGACCGGAUGUUGAUAUCAAUCAUUAAAGCCAGUAGAGGCAAGCUGCCGGUGAGAGCACAAAACAGGGAGGGCCGGUUCAGAGGCAACAACUGA